AUGGGCAACGAAACAUCUUGGCAAUGCGGAAACCGAGUUUCUUCGGCUUCAGACAAUCAGAUUAGGAGAUCUUCGGGCGGCUGGCUACCAUGUCCAAGCUUCAGUUGCGGACUCAAGGACUCAAGGACUCAAGGAGUGAUUGUUACCACCCGGCAGUCUGUUAAGAUAGACUUGGCAAUGAACAAUGCUACUACGGUUAUGUUAUCAAUACCAAUAGCUGCAAAGCCAUCCGAUGCAGCAAACCCUCAAUGA